AUGAGCAGCCUGUCGGUCGGGCGGAAGCUCAGCCUGUCCCCGCACAUCCUAGAGCUCCUGGCGCUUCCCUGCUGCCUGGAGGAGCUGGAGGCCGACUGCCGGCCUUCCAUUUCAGAUGACUUAAAAGUAGGCUAUUUUAUCACAGAUCAUGCCACUCAAACAGAUAUCAAAGAAAUAGUAGAACUAAAGGAGCUUACUACUACUACACAAGCCCUAGUACAGUUCACUGACUCCAUCCAGGAAGAUUUUAUGAUCUAUAAAAAUAUUCUUCAAGCACAAUAUGAGGAAAAAAUACAAGAGCAGGCUUCGAAUCUCUGUAGACAGAUAAAUGACAGACUGAGAGACAUAGAAGCUUUUCAUAAACAGAAAGAAGUCAAAAUUCGACAAAGCUACCAACAGCAGCUAUGUGAUGCACUUGCUGUUCUCAGGGUAGAUUAUGAGAAAAAUUAUCGCAUACAGGAAGAUACAGAUUCCUCAUUAGCAGCGAGUUGGCAGGUUUUGAUUAAGACGCUCCAGGAGAAAGAGUCUAAAAUUCAAAAAUUAGAAGCAGAAUUACAAGAAUAUCAGGAAAAUGAAGAUACAAAAAUGAUUGUUUUUGACAACGAUGAUGACAAUGAAAAAAAUAUGCUUGAAAAAGAAAAUGAGGAUUUCAGAGAAGAGGUUUCUAGACUACUUGAUAGGAUUUCACAUCUUGAAGAGUCUCUGAAACGCAGUGAAAAAGAAAAUAAUAAAUUAGAUAAGGAGGUUCGAGGUAUGCAAUUAAAAAUGGAAAAAGAUGAGAAAACUGUUCAAAAGUUAAUUGAAGCUCAAGAAAAAAUAAAGAUGGAACUUGAAAAGGAGAGGUCAUUAAAUCAAAGUAUGCUCAAAGAACAAAAAGACAUUGAAACAAAAGUGGAAAAGAAGUUAUCUGACCUAAAGGAAAAAAUUCCAGCAUUGAAAGAAAAAGUUACAAAAAAAAAGGAGACAGUGAAAAGUGGAAGUGAAAUUACAGUGCCUCAUGAGAGCAGAGAAUCACAAAAGGGAUAUCACAAGCAGCAACAGAAGAAGAGUCCUAGUUAUAAGAAGGAAGCAGAAAGAAGAGCAUUACUUGCUGAAAUUGAGAAGCUGAAGAUAUCUGAAGGUCAAGAGAAGCAACACAUACAAAGUCUUAAAAACGAAGUUGAACAAAUUAACAGAAGCUGGGCAAAGAAAUUCCAAAUUCUAAAGAAAAGCCUGCAUGCCAUUAAGGAUGAGAUGUUUCUUAGACAUACUUUGUACCGUCAGGCAGCAGCAUUUAACCAAGCAUCCCUCAAUCAACCUUUUGCUGUUCCUCUCUAUAUUGAAACUGGUGCAAGCCAAAUAAAUGAACGAAGGGGUGGUUUAUAUUUCCCUUUUUCACCAUUGCCCCAGAUACGUUCCGAGUCUACUGCAGGGAUGGAAGAAACAGAUCUUAAUAUUGUAAAAAUUCCAACUGGAACAGAAAUGUGCUGUUUGUAUGAAGAUGUUCUUUCUCUUAUUCGCACAAGUUCAAGUAAAACCUACAUCAAGUUUUGGAAGUGA